GUCAGUUAAGAACAAAUUCUUAUUUACAAUGACGGCCUACACCAGCCAAACCCUAGUAGUGCUAUACACUAUCAUCUUUCAUUUAAACUCCCCCCAACAAUGCACAUCUUUAGCGCAUGCAAAGCUGAGCAUUCUUCUCUUGCUACUACACUUCUACAGACAGACUGUGUCCCACAGGUAGAGAGGGUUGGGACGAGAAUGUUAUCCACUUUCCUCAAAGAGGAUUACAGCCUCAGGCAGCUUAGCUUCAUAAAGGGUGAGGGUAAGGAGAGCCCUGUUGUCUCCAGCAGCCAUCUGUCUGCCCAGUGUAGAGCUGAGAGGGGUUGCUCUCAUUGAAGUGAAGAGGGACUUCAGAAACUCUUGGAGGACAGUGGAAGUUGAUAAAAAUGCUUCUUCAUUGUUAAAACGAACACAUUCUGGCCCUUAACUGUCAUCAGGGUUGCUCUCACUCACAUAAGAGCUGAUGGAUGGGAUGCUAGGAGUGGAUGUGUUUCUUUACCCUGAUGGACUGAGAAUUGCUACACCAGAGGAUAUUAGGCAAUGGGAGCUGGAGACCGCCAGCCAGGUGUCCAGCCAGGUGUCUCAGGAACCCCCCGUCCGACUCUUUGUGGCUCUUUUCCCAUACAACCCUGCUGCGAUGUCCCCAAACCCUGAGACCGCUGCGGAGGAGCUCCCUUUUGUGCCAGGACAGAUCAUCAAGGUGUUUGGAGAUAAAGACGAUGAUGGUUUCUACCACGGGGAGUCUGGUGGUCUGUCUGGUGUCGUGCCUAGUAACAUGGUAUCUGAGAUCCCAGUGGAUGAUGACUACCUCAAGCAUCAGCUCAUGCAGCAGGGUUUCCUGCCUGUCGACCACACAGAUCCCAGUGAGGAGUCCAGCGUGCUAGAUGACUUGGUCGUCCGCAGGAUGGUGGCCAUCUUUGAGUAUGACCCUUGGGAAAGUUCCCCCAACAUGGACAGCGACGCUGAGCUCGCCUUCCGUGCAGGGGACAUAAUAUAUGUGUUUGGUGAUAUGGAUGAAGAUGGAUUCUAUUAUGGGGACCUUCAUGGGCUGAGAGGUCUGGUGCCAUCCAACUACCUGGAACCACUACCAUGGGAAUAGGAUUAACAAGGAGCAUCCGAUACAUGAGAUUAUGCCAAGAAUCAGAAUCAGAUACAAAUGAACAAAAACACUUUUUCAAGGAUAUCUGAAGGGAUAUUACUGUGUCAAAGAUCAAGAUUUUGUCAUGUUUUUUCUUCUGCAUAAGUACAUGUGACCACAGAAAUCUCCUGGAAGAUUUGUAAUGAUCAUGGAAUAGGGGUUUUAUGAACUGUGUGCAGGCUAUCACGCACAGUAACGCAGUAGACAGAUUUGUCCAAAUAAAUCCUAUGAACUACAAA